UCUCAGUGUCUCUUUACCCAACACCAAAACCAGGAGGAUGCUGAAGGGACUUGUCUUAUUACUGGUCAGCGAGGUUGCUUUGUAUAACCUUGUGACUUCAGUCAAAGGAAUGCACGCUGCAACUGACAAAAUUGUAUCGAAACACCACUUCUGUGGUCCCCCUCCGAAGGUAACAAAUGCACAUGUACUGGAUGACAUGCUGUUAUAUCGUCGCGGGGAAUGGAUAGAGUAUCAGUGCAACCCUGGGUAUAAAAUGACUUCAGGUUCAAACAUGAACAAUUGCAUGGAAACUGGAACAUGGCUCUACCUCCAUCCUACCAUGAAGUGCUCACGGCACGGUGAUGACACAGAUAUUGGGAAUCCUGUCAUCGAUGAUCCAAAAAAAUUGGGUACAACAUUGAAUGAUCGAAUGAAGCAGUUAAUUACUGGCCUUGUAGGAUUGGUCAGUGUGGAAGGCAUACCUGUGGGCAAAUUUAUUAGUGUAUUGAUCAGUUUUUUCUGGCCAGAUUCUGCAGUGGAUAUUUGGGAACUGAUUAAACGCAAUGUUGAAGAAAUUGUGGAUAAGAAAAUUCUUAUUGCAGAGAUGCAUGAAAUUCAGAGCCAUAUAAACGGACUGAAAAAAACAAUGCAACAGUAUGUAGAAGCUAAACCUCAUGAGAAAGGGUCACUCAUGUCAGCAAUUAUCCAGGACUGCAACAAUUUACACUACAGAAUUUUUCAGUGUGAAAAUGCCGUACAACUGAUUCCUCUGGCUGUAACUGUGUCCUAUAUGCAACUUACCGUUCUGAAAGAACGGUUGGUCCAUGGGAAAACUAUCUAUACAGAAGACAAUACUGAGAUCUGGUAUAAAGAGUUGGAGAAGGAAAUUCAAACCUACAGGGAGGACUUUGAGAAGCUUUAUACGGAUUGGAGGCAAUGGAGGCAGGACAGUAUAGUUGUAAAGUUUGGGGAGCACAAAGUAUUUACGACUGUCAUUCCUUUCUACAAUUACAUUUACACAGGAGAAGUAACUGACCAUUUGACAGGGCAAACACGUAGUUUAUGGGCUAAUAAAAUGCUUACCAUUUCUAAUCCCACCUACUUCAAACAACUUUGUGAAGCUAUCAAGGCAAUGAUGUGGAAUAAGGCAAAUGGUGCCAUGAUACAAACAGUGGUGCCUGCCUUUUUGCUAGAAAACUUUAUGCCAGAGAGUGAGAAUAAUCUAUCGAACCCAAUUCCUCUUACUUCUACUGUAUCACUUGGUCCAUUUUCACCAAAUGUUUUGAGUGGAAGUGGAGAUCCCCAUGUCUUGGACCCACCAUACGAUAAACCUACAUCAGCACCGAUAACUCAGAUUAUUGUGAGAGAAUGGAACCUGAUAGAUGGGCUGCAGUUCGUAUACAAUGGCACUGAAGGCUCUUUUUAUGGGAAUCCAAAUGGAGGGAUGUGUCAUCAAAUUGAUGUGAAGAACAGGCACGUUCAAAAAAUUAAGUUUUCAUUCAAUAAUCUCAACAUGGUGGAUAUUGAAUUUAUUUUCUCAGAUGGACAAUCUUCUGGCAAACUUGGAGAUCGAAGUCACUGGACUGUAAUGCGAGAAGAAGCUGGUGGAAUAGAUUCCUUUGGCCUUGACAAUGUGAAGAUAGGAACUUCAGUCAAUCACAUUGAGUUUUUAUUUAAACACAUCAAUUUUAGACCUUCAGAUGUACCUAAACUAGAUUCUGUUUAACAGUUCUUACAAAAAUCUCCAUGUGAGUGAUAAAAUGAUUUGUGAACGGAUAACUUUAUCUAUGCUUGUUGGGAAUUGGGGACAGUUAACUGUAUACCAAUAAAAUGUGAUU